AUGAAAAUUUUAUUAUUUGUUUUCUUUAUUACAUUUUUAAAUUCAUUACCUUUUGGUGAGACUUUUGAAAAGGAACAACAAUGUGAAUUUAUUAAAAAUCAAAAUUUAUUACAACCAAGAUCAAUUUUCAUUUCAUAUUAUAAUAAUAACAAUAAUGAUAAGGCAAGAAUUGAUUUUAUAAAGUUAGAGAAUAAUUCAAAAUCAUUUCAAGUGUUCCAAUCAAAUCAAAAUAUAAUUAAUGGAAUAGAAUUUCUUUCGAUAACCUCAAAUUCAAGUAUAUUAGUUAAACCAAAUAAUGAAUACACUGAACAAUUGCAAUGGGGUAAUUCAUCGUCAAAAUCAUUUUCAUUCAAAUGGGACAAUGAAUUGUAUCAACCAUACUACACAAUUGAUCAAUGUUCAAUUAAAAAUACUUCAAAUUUAAAUUCUACAAAUACCUUUGAUUUAUCUGUUGGUAAAUUGACUGCAAUGGUUGUUAGUGGAUCAGGUAAUUUUUCAAUAUUAAAUGGAAAUAUUCAACCUAAUGAAAAACAAUUUGAAUAUCAGUCGAAUAUCAAAAUGACAAAUAAUGAUUUAAAAUCUUUUAAAUCUUCAUUUGAUAUUGAAAAUAAUAUUCACUAUUCUUUAAUUUAUGACAAAAAUAAUAGUUCUAAUAAUAAUAAUAAUAAUAGUAAUAGUAAUAAUAUUGAUAAUAGCUCAAGCAUUUAUUUAAUCAUCACAAAUUUUAAUAAUGUUAAUUUAAAUGACUCAACAAAACCAAUAACUACAACAAUUCCAAUUAAUAUCCCUGACAUGGAUUUAAAAUCAAUGGGAAUUUCUGGAAAUAAUAAUACAAUAAUUAUAGCAGGCUUUGAUAAUAAAUCAAAUACAACAAAAUUCUAUUCAGUUAAUAUAUUAAAUAAUAAAAUAAACUAUAACAAUACAAACACUACAACCAAUUUUAACAAUUCAACCAAUAUUGAUAAUAAUAAUAAUAAUAAUAAUAAUAAUAAUAAUAAUAAUAAUAAUAAUAAUAAUAAUAAUAAUAAUAAUAAUAAUAAUAAUAAUAAUAAUAAUAAUAAUAAUAAUAAUAAUAAUAAUAAUAAUAAUAAUAAUAAUAGUAUUAAUAAUAAUAUUAAUAUAUUACAAUCAAAUCUAACUUUAUUAUUUGAAAAGAAUAUUACAAUUUCAAAUUUUGUAAAAUCAUUGAAUUCAAAAUAUUUAAUGAUUUAUUCUGCAGAUUUAAAAAUGGUGUCUGCUUAUAACAUUAUAGAUAACAGUUUUCAUUCUUAUUCAAACUUGGAAAUUAGUGUUCCUAAAGGUUAUUCAAUGGUUGAAAUAUUUUCAAGUGGAUUAAAUGAAACUGUAAUAAAAUCAACAUCAAUUGAUAAUUCCAAUAAAAUUAAUAAUGAUGGAAUUAAAAAUAAAAUUAAAAACCAACAAACAACAGUUAUCAUUGUAUCAGUUAUCAUUGCAGCUUGCAUUUUAGGUUUAAUUGGUGGUGCAAUCUUCUUAAUAAUUAAAAAGAGAAGAUCAAGAGUUAGCUUUAAAAGAUUAGAUAAAGAUAGAGAAUCUCACAAAUACCCACAAGAUAACAUUACAAUCCUCCUUCAAAAUUAUAAAUAA